GUUUACCAGUACUCAGCGCUCAUUUGUGCUUACGUUUACCGCCGACUCCACAUGUUCUCCGACCGUCUGGAAUAGUAAACUUCGGGUAAUAACAGUGAAUAAUUGAAUUAUGGAAAAACGAGCUGAGGCACUACUGGAGGACAAUGAGGCUUCGCAAUUAUUUGGGAUAAUUGUUGCUAUUUUUGCGGUCGUUUUGACAAUCGUUGCAUUCAUCGUAUGGCAGAGGAAAAAAUCUGUUGGUCGGAGUGUACUCAUCACAGGUCUUUGUGAUGCUGGAAAAACAUUGUUGUAUGCGCGAUUGAUUCAUUCGCGUUUCAUCGAAACGUACACAUCUGCAAAAGAAAAUGUGGAUGAUAUCGAAAUUAAAGACAAUUCCCUCAAAAUUGUCGACAUCCCCGGCCACGAGAGACUGAGAUACAGAAUUUUUGAUAAAUACAAAUCAUCAGCCAGAGGUCUAAUCUUCGUGAUCGACUCCGUGACUUUCCAAAAAGAUAUUCGUGAUGUUGCAGAGUUCUUAUACACUUUGCUCUGUGACUCGUCACUCCAGAAAUCCCUCCCGAUCCUCGUCCUCUGCAAUAAACAAGACCAAGCAUUGGCGAAGGGCUGCAAAGUCAUCAGAAAUCUCCUGGAGAAGGAGUUGAAUCUCGUUCGUGUGACGAAGUCCAGUCAACUCGAGGCCACCGACGCAUCCUCAACGAACACAUUCCUCGGUAAAGAGGGGAAGGACUUUGAAUUCGACGACGUGAGCAUGAAAAUUGAGUUCGCUGAGUGCAGUGCCUUCAGCAAAGAGUCCGAAACCUCGGCCGAGAUUGAACAGCUGCAGGACUGGCUCGAGAAAAUUUUGUGAAGAACAAAAAGGCUCAGGAAAUAUGAAAAAAUCGAGUGGAUGAAUGCGUGAAACGAGAGUUUAACUGAAAUGUCUCAAACUCUAUAAAAUUCUAUUUUUUCUCCAUUUCAAAUAUUUGGAAGCAAUAUUUUAUAGAAGAAAAUCAAUAGAUUUUUGU